AUCUCAACGCGCCGAGCGCGCAGACAUGGCGGAGGUUGGCAGAGUGCCGCUGAGCGACCCUGGUGCUCUGCUGCCCGCAGGCUUCUGGGCUGCCGUGACCGUGUGGCUGGAGAGGCCACAGGUGGUCAACAAACGGCUGUGCGGCGUCCGCGUGGAGGUCCGCGGGAGCGCUUCUCGGCCCCGCGCCCAGGCGGAGUGCGGACCACGGCGUGGACGGGGACGCGGGCCGGAGGGGCAUGACACGGGGGAACCCGGACACGCCUCUCCCGAAGGAGAGCCAGGGUUGGGACCUAGGGCAAUCGGCGAAGGCGACGCCCCCGCGGCUGUCUUAGACUCGCUGUGGGACCGAGUCUCCCAAAGCCUCGUCCAGGACAAUUCGGAAAUGCUGGCUUUCCUCUCUGGCCCCGAGUUCGGUUCUCAGCCUGAAGCCGCGCAGGAGCUCGAUCUGGUUCUCAGAACCGUCAUCCCGAAAGCGAGCCCCCACUUCUCCCUUACAGUGCCGAAGAAAGAACUGGUGGUGCAAGAUGUCUCCAAUGGGAGGGUCACCUUUUUGCCCUUGGAAGAAGAUGAUGCAGGGAAUUUGGAAGUUAAGCUGAGCAACGUGUAUCAGCUCCAUCUGCACCACAGUGAAGGAGAAUGGUUCAUAUCUGUUUUAAUUUUCUGUCCAGAGAGGUGGCACUCAGAUGGUGUUGUCUAUCCCAAGCCGGCCUGGCUUGGAGGAGAACUGCUGUCCAAGUUGGCCAGGUGGGCCGUGGAGAACAGGAAGAGCGAGUUUAAAAGCACACUCUCCCUGGUGUCCAUCCUGCGCUAUAGCAGGAUGUACCAGGACCUCAAAGAGAAGUACAGAGACAUGGUGAAGGUUUGGCCUGAAGUAACCGACCCUGAAAAGUUUGUCUAUGAAGAUGUGGCCAUUGCUACGUACCUGCUGAUCCUAUGGGAAGAGGAAAGGGCCGAGAGGGGAGUCACCACCAAGCAGUCCUUUGUGGACUUGGGGUGCGGAAAUGGCCUUCUGGUCCACAUCUUGAGCAAUGAGGGGCAUCCGGGCAGAGGGAUUGAUGUCCGAAGGAGAAAAAUCUGGGACAUGUAUGGACCCCAAACUCAGUUGGAGGAAGGUUCCAUCACUCCAAGUGACAAGACCCUGUUCCCUGGUGUUGAUUGGCUGAUUGGUAACCAUUCUGAUGAGCUCACCCCCUGGAUCCCUGUCAUUGCAGCCAGGUCUUCCUACACCUGCCGGUUCUUUGUCCUGCCCUGCUGUUUCUUUGACUUUGUGGGGCGGUACCGGCGGCGGCAGAGCAGUAAGACACAGUACCGAGAGUACCUGGACUUCGUGUUGGAGGUGGGGCUCUCCUGUGGCUUCCACGUGCAGGAGGACUGCCUCAGGAUUCCUUCUACCAAGCGGGUCUGCCUCGUUGGGAAAUCCAGAACAUACCCACCUUCUGCGGAGGUCUGGAUGGAUGAGCAGAGAACACGGUACCUACGCAGCAGACAGGGCCACCCCCAGAGCCUGCCCAGUGAGAGACAUGCAUCUUCUGCACCCCAGACUAUUGCUCACGGUGCUGGUCACCAAGACUGUCACAGGACCUUUGCUGCUGGGACUGAGUGCAUGUCUGAGGGCUUGGCUGCUGAGCGAGGAGCAGAAGCCCAAGCCACAGGGCUCUGGGCACCCGGCUUCAGCCCUAGAGAAAAAGCCGAACGUGUGAGGAAUUGUGCCACCCUCCCUCGAGACUUCAUUGACCAGGUGGUUUCACAAGUGGCCAAUUUGUUAUUAGACGGAAAGAAGUUAAACACGGGAACCUCUGAGGAUGGGAGUCUGAAGACCUGGAAUGGAGGAGGGAGCCUUUCCCUGGCAGAAGUGGCUGCGGAACUGAACCCAGAGAUGCUGCGAAGGCUGAAGCGGGAGUGUGGAGGCCUACAGACCCUGCUCAGGAAUAACCAUCAGGUGUUUGAAGUUCUGAAUGGGCGAGUUCACAUCCGUGACUGGCGGCGAGAGCUGCAGAGGGAAAAGCUUCCAGAAGCCAAGCGGAGCCUGUCUGCAGAGGUGUUCAAGACUCGCAUGUGCUGGUUCUUCGCUCACCAUCCUGAUGGCUGCGUACUGCCUGCUGCUCAUUGCCCCUUCGCCCAUGGGCCUGAAGAGCUGCGCCUGUCCCGGACCUCAAAGAAGCAGAGGCAGGCUUCCUGAGUCACUUCUCUGUGAUCUCUGGCUUUUGCCUCUGUGGCUCUCCUACCUAUCUCACUUGUCCUGAUGACACUGUGCUGAGCUGGGUUGGCUUCAGUGUGACCUGUUGGUGUGACAGUUACUGGCACAUGUCUCCAGGCUGCAGAGCCUGCUUGGCCCUUCUCAGACUGCCCUGAAGCCAGAGCCACUGGGUCAGCCCCUAUAGACACGACCUUCUCAUUCUCAGGGCUGUGUGCCCCAGGUUUCCUCUGCCUGGGAGCUCGCUGCAGGCUAGUCACAGGAUCCUGAAAGCAGAGACGCAAGGCUUUCUGAGUCCUAGAGAGGAAAGCUCCCAGAGUCACACCCGGCCACCCUGUGUUGAAGGCAUGACUCCGAGUGAACACUGCCCCCUCUUUACCCUUCUCUUUGGAACCCUCUCCCCUGAAGUGUUGGACAGUUUUUCCUUUCAGGAAAAAUUAUUUUCAUUUAGAUUUAUUUUCAGUCUUACACAGAAGAUGCCACUCAUAUCAUCUUGGCUGAAUGUCCUGGGGGCCAGCCUCUCUGAAACCUCAUGUGGUAGACGUUUCUGAUGACUGUCCUGGUGUCACCUUAGCAAUGAGAAUGAAGUUAUUUCUUCUGAAGUGCUAAAGGCUCUACAGUAUCCUGGGGCAGGGCAGGUGAGAACCCACAGAGCAUCUUCCCACCUCUUCCCCAGUGUGGUAGCCCCAACACCAGAGAUGGUGAUCUGCACCCAGGCAAUACCACCACUGUCUUGCAUGGACUAGGCUGUGGCCUCAGGAACUCAAAGAGGGGCAGUCUCUGUCCUCAUUGGCCCUGCCUACAGUGGCCUUUUCUCCCAGGUCCACUGGGGCCCAGAACCUGCAGAGCCCUUUCCCAGCCUGGAGUCCUGAGAAGCAGCAUUUGGUCUCAGGCCCUGCACGUGUGUGAAAUUCUAACUGUUGUCCUUUGUAAGGCAAGGCCCCCAGAGGCAUUUUUCUUGGCCCUCCCUCAGAUUUUACUGGAGCCCCAUGUUAAGACAGCAAGACCGAGAAGUGGGUCAGCGGCUGAAGUUCCCAUAUUUUCCAGUUUACAGAGCCUCACGCUGAAAACUGGGUUCUGGGAGAAGCCACCAGAGAAGCACAUUCAGGAUGAGCUGUGGUUGCUCCUUCAUAUGCUCAAUCCCCGCCCCAGGGCCUGCAUUCAGUGAGGACAACUUCCAGAAGCCCCUGCAUGGGAAGCAUAUGAGCAGGGUUAGCGAAGUGCUCAUGCAAGUGUUCCUUGACAAUCCUGCUGCAUUGGGUAUUCAGUUAAAUCAACGUUCUACCAUGUCAGUGACAGGACCAGAGGAACAAGUGAACUCAGAGUUCAAGAAAUGCACUGAUUCACGCUGCAGUGCUAGCUGGCUGGUGAGCACUCGUCCCAGGUCUGCUCCACGUGCAAGCACACACUUGGGCAUAAACUGGGGUUUGCCUGGAA